ACUGAGGCAACAGCGAAAAAUAUGGAGAGAACAAUUACGAGAACGAAAUUCAUGGGCGCCGCCAUUUUGUUGUUUUUGGCCUGGUAACUGUGACUUCUCAAAACCAAAUGGAUCCUCAACUGAGGGAAGCACCUGACUGUACGUAUAUAGGCAAACUAAAGUUUUCAGCAUGUUGACUCCAGAUUUCGCCGUCAAGUUUCAGCUGGAAUUAUUUCCUGAGACUGAGGUGUGCAUUGCACUUUUCAAAGACGUGAAAAAUGUCGAUGAAAUAAAGAACAUUAUCAUGGCUGGAGAAAUUGAUGCUGCUCUAUUGUCUCCCAAAAUGAUUAUCGAUCCUUUCCAGGUUCUGAUUGCUGCAAAUAAAACUUUGCAUGUCAAGAAACAUGGGCUCAAGAUGCAGACCAGAAACAUCAACUCAGAGGUCCUCUUCAAUUUGUCUCCAACGAACAAUAUCAGCGCCUCCUUCAAGCGGUUUGGUCUGACUCAGGAAGACACCGGUCUACUUGCAGUCACCCUGGACGAUGCCUCCCUAGAUAAGAUGCUGGCAGUGGAGAGUUCGGUGGACGGUUGCGCUGUCAGUCUGGAUGACCUUGCCUCCUUCACCGACGAGAGCCUCAUCAAGCAGGUUUACAAAAUCCAGGAGGAGGAACUGAGGGUGUGCUCUGUCCUGGAUGCGGUCGUGAGCAGAAUGUCCGGGAAGGAGAUGUUAUGAUUGGAUCGUUGUGUCAAAGGAACUAAAAAUAGCCAUGAUGUCAUCCCAGCCGGGUCAAGGGCGAUGGCUUGCCCUUGAAGCACUGGAGUGGUUGUGAGUCGAAUGAGGCUGCUUUCCGAAAUAAGAUUUCUCUCAUCCCGUGCCCCCCAAAAAGAUUUGUUUGAGGAAGGCAUGCAAAGAAUGAAGCAAUUCUGUGAAUGAACAGUUCUGUACGUUAAAAACAACCAACCAACGAGAGACCACUAGGAACGUCAACGAUAUGCAGCUGCCACAUGAACUGAUGGUAUAAACUCUGUGAGGUCACCUCGACCAGGUCAAGGAUCAUGGGGCCACAGCCCAGUUCAGCAGCAUGCAGUCCACACCUCUGUCCUCAGCUGUGGGAACUGUGGGUAGGAUUUCGUUCAGGCAUUGUUGGUCACACUAGUCUACUGUCGGUAAUGAAUUGUAACUGGGAGGAAGUUGUCCAGAGUGCUGUCUUAGGCCAGGCUAUUUUUUUCCCAACCGUGGUAUACCCCGCCUGCAAACACGCUAUUAGGCAGCAAUGAUAAAUUGGUGAAAAUACGGUCUAUCAUAACAAAAUAUUGUGGGGUUUUUUGAGGUUAAAUUUUGGGGAUACAUUUUCUACAUCUGAAAAAAAUGAUUGGUUGACAAGUCGUGCUAAUUGUGUUUGAUCGAUUUAUUUGAGUUGAGUUUUCAAGAGUUUUUUUAAAAUUGAUCCAACUGAGCAGAUAUCGCGAAUUACAGAGUUUUGGGCCAAGUUCAUACAUGUAAUUUGCCUGGAGACUCCGAGACGUUCGAGUUCAGCUAGGCUGGUUUUGGACAAUAGCGCCCUCUUUUGGUCACAGUCUUAUAGACGGCGAUGGACAUUUUAGCAGAGGCAGUCACAUAAAUGCAGCGCAGUAUUUACGUGUGAGAAA